UUUUUUUUCUUCCUUUCAGGAAAGUGACAUUAUUUGUAAAAUGCGGAAGCAUGAACCUACCGAAGUGUUGCGUACAGAAGAAGGCGCGCCGCCGGGGUGGACACGAAUUUUACGGAAGCGAUUAUCUGGAAAAACAAUCGGAAGAUACGACGUAUACGUUCAGUCGCCUACCGGUCGGGUUUUGAGGUCUAGAUCUCAAGUGUGCGCUUACUUGAAGAAGGGCGGAUAUGACGGCGUAUCGGUUGACGAUUUCGAUUUUUCUCGCCAAAAUAUCAUAUUUCCUGAAGCUGAACUCGAUCAUUCGGUCGGUCCCUCGCCGGACCAGGACGAAACAAUCGGCUUGAGUGACCCAGAAGACUCCGUCUUUACUGAAGAUGGUUCUGAGCAGAUUCUUUGCGAAGGAGAAGUCUCUAUAUCUGUGGAAUCCGUCUCUGCGUGUGAAGAUUUCCAAUAUUCUCCGUACGACUUUCUACUGGAGCAUUAUUCGCACGACCAGUGGAAGGUCGUUUUAGCUGGGAUGUUUUUGGAAAAGCACGGGAAGAAAGAGCCACCCCAACUGCGAGAUACUCUGGCUGCCUUUUUUUCGCGAUUCAAAUCUGCGGAGGAGUUACAUUUGAGUGGCUGGGUGCAAGUCGAUGCCUUGCUGAGGUCGAAAGGAUACGACGUUUCGUUUGCGCGUUUCAUCACGAACUACACCUUUGAUUUCGUGACAGCUCGUCAAGCCAAUCCAAAAUUUCCUGCGAACGAAGUCGAUGGACUUUCGGAAUACGUUAGAGGUUGUUUUAGUGCGUUUUUCUUGAAGGAACGGGCUGACGGGCAGGACGACCAGUGUGUGAUGUAUCUAGAUUGGCUAAGCAAUUGUGAUGAAAACGCCCAUGUGGCGCGGUAUUUUGUUAAUCGAUGAUAUUCAAAACUUCACUCUCCAAUGAAAUUGCGUGCGUAAACCAAUGUGUCCUGAUGAUCUUCACAUUCUGUCUGACGUGAAAAUCAUAAUUCAUGAGUUUCCUCAUACAGUAUUCUGAAUUACAAUUGAAAAAGUCGUUAUUAUUUCGCGUGAAUAUAAUUAUUGCGCCGAAGUACAGCUGAGUAAAAUUAUCCACGACGCCAUCUUGUGCUAUUCCUCUGACACAAAAAUUACGGUAGAAUACUGAUAGCGCAUGGUUUUUUGUUUUUGUUUUGAAUCGAAAGCGACAACAAAUGGAUCAGAGACGAAACUUGUCUACAGUUGAGAAGCCAAUAUUGUGUGGCAGAACUGGGUCAAAUGUUUGCUCAAUUAUAAAGCAAAUACCUUUGACUUAUUUUGACUCGUACCUGGGAUCAUUUUGCUACAAGGUUUGGCCAUUCACGGUUUCUGAAUCCAGUCAUGUGUAAAAUAAUGUACGCACUGUCGAACAUAACUUUAAGGUCAGUCACACUUCGGCAGUUGAUCACGUACAAUGAAGGUACCAUACUUCUCAAAUUUUUGUGUGGCAUGUUUGUAUUCAUGAGAUCGAAGGCUUCUGGUGUUGCUUGACGUAAAUCUGCAGCGGCUUCAGCGCCACACUUCAACUGUCGGGACCAGGUCGUGUAUUGCUGAGUGAAGCAUUCUUUGAAUUUCCGAAGAACGCACGGAUGUCCCCGAAAUUCGGAUGAGAUUAUUUUUUUGUACGUGAAAAAUGUUCAGGUGAUGCGUAACUAGACUCAUUACGGGAUCAUAAUUCAGUCACAGAAGUCCAAAGGAGACCGUACUGCAUCUUGAAACCAAAAUACUUGAUCGGAUUUGCUGGUUGUAUACAGUAUAGAAGCGAAGCAGCCCCAUGUGUCUUGCAUAGUGUGUGAUAUUUUGAUUAUGAAUACGUUUUCGUGUUCUUGCAGUGAAAAUUACUGUCGUUCAUUCUUGUUCGGAAUUUCGUUCCAAAGUAAGCCGGGUGAUGCGUAAUUUUUGAUCUUUUUUUUAGUUGGAAUUUUCUUAUUGUUCAUUUUUUCCGCGAUUCCAUGUUGCAGGUCAAGAUCAUAAUUAUAAGUGACUAGUUGAAGUGAGAUUUCGUCUUCAGGAUGGGUGAACGCAAAGGAACAAACAAAUGGUAUCCACCGGAUUGGCAUCCGGACAUGGGUGGCCUGGACAAGUAUUAUGGCACUCAUCCAUUGCGAGAACGAGCGAAGAAAAUUGGUCAAGGAAUCAUCGUCAUUCGUUUCGAAAUGCCCUACAACAUAUGGUGUGGAGGGUGUGGUAACCAUAUCGGAAUGGGUGUCAGGUAUAAUGCGGAGAAGAAGAAGGUGGGGAACUACUAUUCCACGACAAUCUGGCAGUUCAGAAUGAAGUGUCACUUGUGUGACAAUUAUUUCGAGAUUAAGACAGACCCAGCCAACUUGGAUUAUGAAAUCGUCAGUGGGGCGCGCAGGCAAGAAAGACGGUUUGACCCUAAGCAAAAUGGCCAGGUUGUACCCGAAGAUCGGGAUACCAUCAAGAAACUAGCUACGGAUCCCAUGUUCAAGCUUGAACACGUCGAGAAGGACAAACGGAAGAGUAAAGAGGCAAAAGAAACCCUUGGUAACCUUGAAGGAUUCCAGUACCAACGCUGGAAGGAUGACUAUGCGGCUAAUAGGUUGAUGCGUGAUAAGUUCAGGGAGAGCAAAAAAGAAUUGGCACGCGGCGAAGCUGCUGAUAAUGAGGUCUUGAAGCGAGCCUCGUUAGAGUUGAAGCUGCUCCCAGAAACUGUCGAAGAUAAGAAACUUGCUCAUCGGCUUGCGAACUCUAGUCAAUUAUCGUAUGAAGAAGUUGAGCGUGGGAAGUUGGAGGCUUUAAGGCGACAGUCGGUGUUUGCCAAGAACAAGCAAAAGUCCGUCGAAGCUAAUGUUGCCCGGAAAGUGCUGAAGCAAACGAUUUUGGCGGGAUCAAAGUCGGUGUCCGGAGCAGUCCCAAAAACAUCCCUGUCAGUGGCUUCUAAAAGGAAUUCCGCUGGGAUUAUUCUCAAACCUCGUGUGGAGUGUAUAGGAAUUCCAUCCACUUCGUCGCCUUCUUGUCCAAUAAAAGACAUCGGAAGUGCAGAAACGCUGGCUUCCUCUUCUUCUUCGUGUACGAGCGUGACGACAAAUGGGGAAGAGACGUCUGGUUUAUCCCUGAUAGCCGACGAUUAUGGAUCAGACAGUUCGGAUGAAACGUGA